AUGCCCGCUGGGAGACCUCUAUCCAUUAUAUCAAGCACAGGAUGGCGCCCAGUGUCUUCCUGCCGUGGGCUUCACCGUCGGCGGCUUCAUCUGGCACCCCCGUUUCUCCUGGACGCUUAUAUCCCACGAUACCAUCUGCUCUCCUCCGUUGACGCAGCUAAGAAGCGGUCUCAUGCGUAUGCUCAUCUGCGGAACUGCAACCUGUGUCCGCGGCUAUGUGGAGUGAACCGGUACGAGAAGACCGGCCACUGUCUCAUUGGAGCCGAAACGGUGAAGGUCAACGUCAUUGCGCCGCAUUUUGGAGAAGAACCUUGCAUCCAGGGCUGGAAUGGCAGUGGCUCAGUGUUCUUCUCAGGAUGUAAUUUGAGAUGCGUCUUCUGCCAGAAUCAUGACAUUGCUCAUCAACGAAAUGGGUUUGACCUUACGCCUGAAGAGCUGGCUGAGUGGUAUAUGAAACUUCAAACUGUUGGAAACGUUCAUAAUAUCAACCUCGUUACUCCCGAACAUGUAGUUCCCCAGGUCGUGCUGUCGAUACUACAUGCACGAGACAUUGGGUUGAAGAUACCGAUUAUAUACAACACGUCUUCAUUUGACUCUCUUGACUCGCUGAAACUUCUAGAUGGACUGAUAGAUAUAUACCUCCCUGACUUUAAGGUAUGGAAAGACAGCACGUCGAAAAGACUACUUAAGGCAGAUAAUUACACAGCUACGGCAAUGGAGAGCAUCAAGGCGAUGCAUGCUCAGGUUGGAGAUUUAUCGUUUACAGCAGAUGGUGUCGCGAAGCAAGGUGUCCUUCUUCGUCAUCUUGUCAUGCCUGGCAUGGAAGACGAAGGGAUAGAGAUUGUGAAGUGGCUUGCUAAGAACGUGUCGAAAGAUAUGUACGUGCAUAUCAUGGAGCAGUAUCAUCCAGAUGCGCACGUUGGAAAGAAGAAGAGAGGGAAAAUAAGUGAUGCUGGAGAAGAAGGGCAGACAGUACGGUACAGUGAUAUCAACAGGCAUGUCACUGACAAGGAGCUCGGAGCCGUACAACUUGCUGCCAGGGACGCUGGCCUGUGGAGGUUUUGCGAGCCCGCAGAACACGGUGGAUUCCAUCUCUAG